GCGUGAUGUAUUAAAGCGUUUACUUUCCGUUGAGUGCUUAGUUUUUCAAUUACAACGCGAAAAACAUUAACGAUUGUUGUAAAUAUUUGCGCUGUGAGAUAAAGCGCAAGGCAACAAAUAGCAACAAAGCCUUAGGAUUUGAAUUUUACGCGAAAUAAGUAAUGUGGCAUUAGUAAACAUGAUAAAACCAGCAAGGUUUAGAGUUAUCAGGAUUAUGCACGCAUUUUUGGUGUUUAAAACGUUGUGAACUUCGAGAGGCAAUUUUUUUGAAACAAAGUCUAUUCUCCGGAGGCGGCGAUGAGUGCUCCGCCCGCGUCUUCCUGCCGCAUUUAAUUAUGCACGUGGCGACGACGCGCGAUUAAUCGCAUUACUGGGAUGAGGUGACGACGGCCGUGGGCAUUCCCACAGCGCCAGGAUACAUCCAGGUGCCACACGAUAACAAGGUCCUCCGAAUGGAAGAAACACGAUGGCGCACCUCAGUAAUCUUCUGGUGCCUUCUGCUCCUCUUCGCCGCAUUGACCUUCCUCUACAACCUGGCGGAAGUGAAAAACCUCGCCAAUUCAGGCGCAUAUGUUCUCACGCACUCAUCAGACUCAAACGAAAAAAAGGCCGCCAUCUAUACCGAAGAAGCUGCAGUCAAAGGUUAUCUCAUAAAAACCCCCGGAUGCACAAUACCCGACCUCAAAGCGAUGGAUCCGCUCAUCAAAAAGUACAUUUUCCGCGAGAAACCCGUCGUGUGCAACAAAGGUCUACCACCGCUUUAUGAAGCUAACCGCACAGCCAUCUACCGCGUUGAAGAUGCUUUCGAGCAGUAUAAAAUCACCGACGUGAAGAAGUUAACCUGUUGCUACCAGUAUUUCCACCGCGCGACACCUGGUGUUGAUCAAUCGGAUAAAAAAGUGCAAUAUGAUGAACAGUGCCAUCUGGUGGAAGGCAGCGCGUAUGUCCAUCCGGAUGAAGAGUUCCUGCGUGUCAAGUGCCAAUAUGAUUCAAAUGAAAUCUAUAAAGAUUUCUUCAGUUUUGUGCCAAUUAAAAACGAUUCCCGUGCGAUUCCAAUCGUAAAAAACAACACAACAAACACAACACAACCGACAAGUGAAAGAUUAAAUGUUUUAGUUAUUGGAAUCGACGCAGUGUCACGUCUUAACUUCCACCGGCAAAUGCCGAAAACCGCCUUCUAUCUGGAAAAGCUCAACGCUGUGGAGCUUUUAGGUUAUAACAAGAUCGGCGACAAUACGUAUCCUAACCUGAUCGCGGCGUUGACAGGGCAUGACGAGACCGAAGUGCAGAAACUUUGCUGGCCGACAGAGGACGCGCAUUUCGAUAAUUGUUCGUUCAUAUGGAAGGAUUACAAACGCGCUGGGUAUACAACUGCUUUCGGGGAGGAUUCAGCAUGGAUGGGGUUAUUUUACUACACGAAACGUGGCUUCCGAAACAAACCUACUGAUUAUUUCUAUGAUCACUUUGAUAUUACCGCUACGAAUGAAGUAGGCAACAACCAUCGCCUGAAUGUGGACCAAUGCCUCGGCUCUCGACAAACCUACAUGGUUUUCCUUGAUUACAUCAAUAAUUUCGUGAUGACAAUGGCGGAGGCAGCCAAACCAUUCUUCGGUUUCUUCUGGACAUCAAGUCUUUCACAUGAUUUUUUAAACAAGCCGAAGUUAGGCGACCAAGAUUACAUGAAUAUUCUCUUCAAUCUGGACGAAGAAGGAAUUUUGAAUAAAACAGCAUUGCUUGUCAUCAGUGAUCAUGGUAUUCGAUGGGGUGACAUUCGUAGCACGUAUCAAGGCCGCAUGGAAGAACGCCUUCCGUUUGUCUACAUUGUUUUACCGCAGUGGUACCGCGAGAGCCACGUCGACUUCGAUCGUAAUCUUAAAACCAACGUCCGGAGAUUAACCACGCCGUUUGAUUUACACGAAACGUUCAUUGAUCUAUUACAUCCCGAGAGGCACUUGAACACAACAACGCCGCGAGGUGUGAGUCUAUUCCGCGAAAUCUCGAAAAAUCGCACUUGUGCCGCGGCCGGCAUUGCACAACACUGGUGCACAUGCCAGAACAGCGUCAAUAUUGAUACUACCACUGAUGUGGUGGUGCAAGCAGUCAAUCAUACAGUCCAGCAUAUAAACAAUCUUCUGAUUGGCUAUGCGGAUUGCUUGACGCUGAAACUGGUUUCAAUCGAGGAUGCGCGCGAGUUGACCAAUGACAACGAGUUGAAAGAGUAUACGAGAUCAACACGCGACUUUACCGUAACAUUCAAGACUGAACCGGGCGGCGCCAUCUUUGAGGCGACUGUGCGCCGCGAAGAAAUGAAUUCAAACACGCCUAAUUAUACAGUCACGGGGACAGUGAGUCGUAUCAAUCUCUACGGGGAGCAGAGUAGAUGUAUAACCGACUUCCAUCUGAAAUUGUACUGUUAUUGCCGAUCGUAUGUAGGCAACUGAAGUUGCACGAGUUUUCUUUCAGCCGGAGAAUGAAUUCUACAAGUUUGACUUGACAAUAACUCAAAGUAAAAAACAUGACAGGUGAGGUGAUGUCAUCCAAGAUGGCGGCGGAUGGUUUUCCGGUUGGAUACUUGUGUGCGACGAACUGUUAGUGCCAAAAUUUCUAUAUUUUUGUACGAAUUAGUCAAAUUAUUACUUUAAAGAGGUAAAUAUGUGUUUUUUGUAACAUUAUUUAACGAUUAGAAUAUGUUUUCAAAGAAAAUAUCUGUGAUUAAUGUAUUUAAACAUAACAAAACAAAUAUUCUAACUUUCCAUUAGUAAAUAAACAUGAAAACACUUCAA